AUGUCUAACUCAACGCCUAAAGAGAUAGCAGCUAUGCGUACACGUCUUGAUGCCCAGAUCACUUAUAAAUUGAAUGGAGCUCAGAUGCUGAAGAAACAAGGAAAUGAGCUUCAUAGCCAGGGAAAGUACAAUGAUGCCUUGCAGAAGUACUGUCUUGUGAGUAUAUUUACUGUUACUUUGGCCUACUUGAAGAGAACUUUCUCUACUUUCAGUGUGAACUUUUGGUUUUUGAGUAUGAUUAGUACUUUUCAUCUUUCAAAUCUUAGGCAAAAAGAACCUAAAAGGCAUUCCAUCAUCGAAAGGUCAAUCACUACAGUUGGCAUGCUCGCUAAACUUGAUGUCAUGUUACUUGAAAACAAAGCAGUUUGA